AGUUUAUAUCUUAUAUAUAUAUAAAGUGAACCUCCAGUUCCUUAAACAUCAGUUGUUGUUAUAUUAUCACUAUUUGUCCAUAAAUUCUUGUGGGCAUUCAAUGGCAUUAUAUUACUUGGAUUAUUGGCAGAGCCACUGACCCGCCAAUGAAAGUCAUGCAAUCAUUAUUAUUGAUGAAAGACUCGGCAAACCCUUUAUUGCCAAUUGUUUUGUUGGCACUAAUUGGCUCACAAUUUAUACAACAUCAUCGGUAUGUUGUAGGAGCCGACACCAGCACUGAGCCGGAUGAUUUUGAUUCGGGCGAUGACGACGCCCUCUGUCCCCGUAAUCGCGAGGAGGCGGCGGCCAGAGGUAGACAGUGCUUAAGGAAAUGCAAGACAGACGCCGACUGUAUCUCAUCGCGCAAACGGUGUCUUUGCGAUGGACAGUGCGGUUGGAGUUGUGUCAGGCCUGAUUUAAAUUGUGAUGAAUUACCGCCGAUUGAAAACGGAAUAUUUAAAUUGAAUGGUAACUAUUUUGGCGCCCGAGUCACCUACCAGUGCAACGAUGAGUUCUAUAUGUCCGGUGCCCGGGAACGUGUGUGUCAGGGGGACGCCUCCUGGAGUGAUCAGUCACCUGAAUGCAAGAAAAAAGCAAUGUGUGGCAUACCAUUGACUGUACCACAUGCCCGGCAUUCAGCACCGUUAGAUCAAAUGGACUUCGAGAUCGAUGCCAUUGUACAGUACAGCUGUUUUCCAGGCUAUGAAUCAAAGGGAUUCACUGAAGCCAAGUGCCUAUUCUAUAACAAUACCGCUCAAUGGUUCGGACCCGACCUGAAGUGCAUACCCAAAAGCUGUGGACAUCCCGGCGAUAUAGAAAACGGCUAUAGGGAUGGGUUGGCCCAUACAUUCACAUCACGUAUCACUUAUGGAUGCAAUGAUGGAUACGAAUUAGUUGGAAGAGCUAAUAGAUAUUGUCAAUCAAAUGGACAGUGGAGUGGUGUACUUCCCUCAUGUAGACCCGUACAAUGUGCGAUACCAGAGGACCCAAUUAAUGGCCGGGCAUUAUAUACAUCGGUGAGCUAUGACUCAGUGGUCCGAUAUGAGUGCAAAUAUGGCUUUAAAUUGAACGGACCGAUCAACAGGACCUGUGCCAGUAAUAAACAAUGGAGUGAUGAACAGCCUAAAUGUCAGGAGAUCGACUGUGGAUCGCCAGGAACUCUACAUAAUGGGUACCUAGAGGUCAGGCGUACCAUUUUAGGAUCAACUGUUUAUUUCAAGUGUUUCGAUGGUAUGACUUUUGUUGGCGAUAGCAACUCGACGACAUGCCUGGACAAUGGGACCUGGUCACACCCAUUGCCUAAUUGCAAUGCUCCAUGUGUUGUACCCGAAGUAAAGAACGGAAGAGUAAACCUGUUUGCCGUCAAUCAGAUGGUCAGUCACGGACAGGUCAUUAAAGCCGAUUGUAUGCCUCAGUACGAGUUGCAUCACAACACGACUGAGGCCAUGUGCAACAAUAGCUCGUGGACGCACGUGCCUCAGUGUGUGCCCGCCCGGUGCAAAAUAAUGCCGGAUAAGCCCAAGAAUGGUCUGGUUAUUGCACCGAAAACAGAUCACGGUAUGAAAGCACUGUAUAAAUGCAGGGAUGGCUUUACGUUGGAGGGACCGAACCUUACGGAAUGUCAUUUUGGCAAAUGGACAGGUGCUACACCUAAAUGCAGUGAAGUUUAUUGUCCAUUUCCCGGUUUCAUUGACAAUGGAAAAGUAUUAUUAGUCGGACACAUGGGAAUGUAUGACUAUCGGCCGUACGUCAAGAAAGUUACAAAUAAUAAACAAAUACUUUUUGAAUGCGAUCGCGGCUAUCAUCUGAUACACGGACCUCCAGGUGCUACCUGUGUAGACGGUCAGUGGUCGCCGCAAGAGUUGCCCGAAUGUGUGCGCGGAUCUCAUCCAAAACCUCGUUGGCUGAGAAGUGUGGACAACAAUCGAAAGAGACGGUGGAUAUUAAAAGAAUUGAAUUAUGGCGACAAACCAUACCGUAAGAGAUCCCGUGCCCGUAGACACCAAAAAUAUAAAGCUCCCUGCAAACCAUUAAAGGAAACUCAGUGGAUGAAGAUAACGGUUUUAAAGUUCGGUGUCGGGAACGACUCCUUUCCUCACGGAACACGUGUUAGAAACUACUGUUCUAAUGGCUAUGUAUCCAAUAUCGGUAAUCUGACCGCAAAGUGUGCCAAAGGGAUGUGGAAACCGCGCGAACCAGACUGUCAUAUAGCUCCAUGUAUGACACCAUACGUGGCUAACGGAUACUAUUAUCACCGCAAAAUACAGUUAACCAUAGCGCACAAGAUAUCGCACGGCGAUGCCAUACGACUUGAUUGUAUGACUGGUCAUCAAAUACAGGGCACACCGACCAUCAGGUGCUGGUAUGGAGAGUGGACUGGUCCGCAGCCACAGUGCAUAGCAGCGCCCUGUUCGCUGCCCACCAUUCGUAAUGGCUAUUACUCAGGUGGAUAUCGGGCUGGUCUGACCAUAUCUCACGGUUCGGUCAUUGAGUUUCAAUGUAAACCCAAUUAUGUAAAAGGUGUUGAAGAACAACCUCGUUGUUUUGAGGGCAGACUGAUGCCGGAGCCGCCACAUUGUAUUGAACACGACUUAGUCAUGAAUGUCAUCAAUAAUAAGGCCAUAAAUGCUGACGAAUCAGUUUUAAUACAAGUGCCAGAACCACACGCCAGUGUCGAACCAACCCUAACCUACAACACUAGUAUGUCAUCACCGGAGCUGAUGUGGUGCGAACCGCCCGAGCGAUUGGAAAAUGUCUUAAAAUACGAGUCAUUUGCCAGAAAUCAUUUGCCACUUAUUAGUAUUGCACAAAUCAAUGAUGCGGAUAAUGAUGUCAACCAGACAUCCGCCAAUUCAAUGGAUACGAACACUCCCAGCACCACAACCACCAGCACUACUACCACCACAAGUACUACCAGUGCCACAACAAUCAGCACAAUAAUAGAUGGAGUGCUAGACUUUAGUAAUUCGUUUAAGAAAUCAUUGAAAGACUUUUUCAAUAUAACUGAACAAUCAAUUAGUAAUACAUUUAACGAAUCAGUAAUGACUAACAUCAGCGAUAAAAUAGAGAUCACAACUACUGGCCAAUCAAAUGAUAAGGCAUACCAUCCGCACGGAACACAAAUUGAGUUCAAAUGUUUGCCCGCAACCAAUGGCAUGAAGAGUACGUGGAUUAUCACGUGCGAGGACGGCGGUUGGAUUGGACGGGCGUCCAAAUGUGAGGAAGAUUAUGAAGCAUUGAAAAUCAAAGAAAACAAUACCUGUAUUUAUAUGAAUACCGAUCCCAAUGUGUGGGCAUUUAUCGGCGACCAACUUAUCGAAGAAUACGAAGAAUUGCCGGCCGGAACUCAAUUGAUAAUUCGGUGCAAAGAUAUCGGCAAAUAUAAUAUGAUUGGCAGUCGAUUGCGUAAAUGCCUGUACGGGGAAUGGGAUGGCGAGAGACCACAAUGUUUUGGACUGUCCCAGGAAAAUGAUUACGCAUUGGAGAAGCCGCCUACUAUUCUGUUUCGGCAUCAAUUAGGACCAAUUGCCCAGAGCGUGGACGGCAAGCUAAUUGUCUACCCGGGUACAAUUUUACAUUUAGAGUGCCUAUGGAAACGCAAGUUUGGUACUCCCAUCUGGGAGUGGAGUCACUCGUUUAGAAAAUAUAAUCAAGACUGGAGUCAAGAGCCGGGUCGCGAUUCUACACUCGAGUUCCGACUGACUAUAUUUCACGCCCAAAAAGAGGACUCCGGUCUCUACACGUGCCGUACGCCUAACUAUCACAGACACGCCGUUGAAAUUAUUGUCAAACCCGUACACUGUGCACAAUUAGUUGAGAGCAAUGGCCUCAAAAUUAUAAGCCCGAGCACUAAGAUGAACGCUAAGGCCAUGUUUACGUGUAGGUCCGGUAUGCGACUGAACGGUUCGGAUAGUGCCGAAUGUCUUCCAUCGGGCAACUGGUCUUCCGAAGCGCCUAAUUGUAUUAUAACUGAAUGUCCGGAUCUAAUGAGUACUACUAAUAAUACCGGCGUCAGUGAUAAUAAUGACACCCAAGCGAUACAAGUGUUAAACAUAUCGCAAAACGGUCGCUAUGUCGGCGAUGUGACCACCUUUUCGUGUCCCAUUGGCUACGGACUUCGUGGCAAAUCGGAAACAACGUGUCUCGACUCUGGACAGUGGUCCACUACAGUUCCUAUUUGUGAAGAAGUAUUUUGCGAGACUCCGGCCAAACCAGUGCACGGGUAUCUACAGGGAGACAAAAUACAACGUUUUCGCGGCGGCGAUAUCAUACAGUUUGCCUGCGAUACUGGAUUCAUGUUGGAGGGCAACCCUAUAGUCAUCUGCCAAGAAAACAGCAGGUGGUCGGGAUCACCACCUAAUUGUGUACCAGCGUGCACAUACCCGGGCACAACACACGGUGGCAUUAUAUCAAUUGUGAAAUUUUUUUACAGUGUCAACGAAACCGUACGUUUUGAAUGCGCCGACGGUUACGAAAUGAAGGGCAACGCUGUACUCAAGUGCUUAGAGAGCGGCCGAUGGAGUAGUGGAGUACCCGACUGUAACCUUACCAGACGGGGAUAAACAUCAUUAACACAUACACUCUCACUGUUUUGUGUAUAUUAUUGCACAAAUACACCCUCUCUUUCAUUCACAAACAAUUUAA